AUGCUUUGCAAACUCGGUAUGCAUCUUGGCACGUUCAUCUCACUGCGACUGUCCCAGUCGUCGCUGCAGAUGCUCAAAGCGACAGCUUAUCGCCCCCCUCAGGCACCGAGUGCCCGUGGACGAAGAUAUUUCCGAUGGCUCCUUCGGAUCAACUUGGUUGUCAACGUUGGGUGGUCUGUGGUCCUUCUCGUGUGGAUGGGCAUUGCGCUGGGGGUUGACAGAUCGUGUCCCGUGUACUGCCUGGCGCAGGCAACGCCUCUGUGGGACAUGACCUGUCAGUGCGCUUAUGCCAACAUCAACUGUGCGAAGCUGAACAUUGCCGAUCCAGCUCCAUUGCUUUCGCACACCAUCGUGGGCACGUCGUUGUUCUACUUGCAAGUCAGUCGAUGCGCCGUGCCAGAUGGAUUGCCACCACCCGUUUUGGCUCCGUUUCAAAACCUCGGCAAGGUCUCGAUCUUGUUUUCCAACUUGUCUACGUGGGACGGGCCGUUGCCACCGUCCGUCGGUUUUGUGUCGAUUCGAUUCAGCCCAGCGCUUGAGACAAUUCCACGAGCCCUGUACGGCCACGACUUGUCGCCGCGCCUGGUAGUGUUGGUAGUUGAGGGGUGUCCUGUGCGAUCCAUCCCGAGGAGCGUCAUCGAGACAUGGUCGAAUCUCGUGUUCCUCUCGCUCAUCAACAUCAGCUUAGCCGAGUACCCGACCGACUUAAGCCGGCUUCCCCACCUCGAGCUGCUCAAUUUGAAACUCAACCAACUCGCGUCAGUGCCGGAAGCGCUGGGAGCACCUCCUGACCUUCCCAGUCUCCGAACCGCUCGGUUCUCGUGGAACCAGCUGGUCCAAGUCCCCGAGACGUUGGCAGCAAGAAACAAGGUUGUUGUUGAACUGAGCGGCAAUCCCAUUGCGUCGCCCGGCAACACGACGUCCGUUGCAUUACAGCAACGAACGCUACGGGUGCUCGGUGAAAUGGAUUGGCGACCACUUCUGUGA